ACUUUUUAUGGAAAAUAAUCUUUUCUUUAUAGUUUGCUACAGAGGUUCUCGAAGUAACCUUUCUCCGAGAACUUCUUUAGAAAAACUAUAAAGAAACGAUUAUUUUCCAUAAAAAGUGUGAUAUUACGUCCUGGAAAACGCGAAAAUUUAUAAAGAAAGACGAAAAUUCCCAUAAAAAAAUGGCUUUCAUAGAAAGUCAAUAUCUUAUUGAAGGUGUUAUCUACAAUAUAGUAGAGACAGCUGAUAUACAUGAAAAGUUACGAAAGGAUGCUACUUUUGCAUCGCAGUAUAUAGAUGGACAUUCUGCGCAAUUAGAAUUUCAACCGCAAAGGACUUCAAUAGGAAGGACUGUAAUAGGAAACAAAAAUGAUUCUAAUGUGGUAUAUGUGCAUGAUGCCUCUUCGCAAUUAGAGUUCCAGUCACCAUCUGCAGAAAAAGAAAAUGAUGACAGUUUUACAUGGACACAAGAUGCAGUUCGAUUAUUGUUAACAGAAUAUGAAAAGAGAAAAGAAAAAUUUCGAAAUCCUACAAUCAAAAAGAAAAUGUUAUGGAGCGAAAUAAAAAAUAUAUUCGAUAAACAUGGGUAUAAAAUAAGUACUGACAGUUUAGAUAAAAAAUUUCGAAAUUUAAAAAAAACUUAUUUAAAAAUUCACGAUAACAAUAAGAAAACAAGUACCGGAAGAGGUACGGUAACAUGGGAGUAUUAUGAUAACUUUUGCAACAUAUUUAAUCAUGAUAAAACUAUUUCAAUGGAUAAUACAUUAAGCAGUAUGAGAGUUAUUACAGAAAAUGAUAAAACAAUAAACCCGGAAAUAUUAGAUUUAUCUGUCGACUUAAAUGAACCUGCAGUUACUGAUAUGUUAGUAACUGCAAAUUCCUUUGAGUCGACAGACGAAGACAAUCCAACAACUUCAUGUAGUACUCCCAAUAGCACAACUGGUCAAAAUAUUAAAAGUGCUAAAAUUGAAAGAUUGAAAGAACGAGGAAAGAAACGAAAUUAUGAUGUCUUUCGAAAAGACUUAGUAGCAAUAGGAAAAGAAAAACUUCAAGAAUCAAAAAAAUUGCGUGAAUCAGUAGAUACUAUGAUAACUGUUCAAAAAGAACGUAACAAAAUUUUCUCCGAA